AUGGACGCUGUAGCACAAAAGAAAAUUGCAGUUAUCGUAGGUUCUGGACGUACUGUUCGUUUAGGAUUCGAAAUUUCAAACUGGUUCGUUGAAGUAUCAGGUUUGAAAAAGGAGUUCCAAGUUGAAGUAAUUGAUUUGGUCGAGUGGAACUUGCCAUACUACGAUGAAGUACUCCCACCAAUGGCCAUCGGAGGAAACUACACAACUGAAAUCGCCAAGAAAUGGCAAGCAAAGAUUGCCUCAUUCGAUGGUUUCGUUUUUGUUACUCCGGAGUACAACCAUGGUUAUCCAGCCAUUUUAAAGAAUGCCAUUGAUUAUUUAAUUACCGAGUGGCAAGGAAAAGCUUGUUUGGUUGUUUCCUAUGGUUACGGUGGCGGUGUCGGUGUAAAUACACAAUUGAGCAACAUUCUCUCAGGAAAGAGUCCAAUCCAAAUGAAACUCACUGAGACCAGACCAAAACUAUUGUUCCAUCGUGGUGUCUUUAACGAACAAGGUAAAUUCAUUGAUAUCAACACUGCUUUCAAGGAACAUAUCGAAGAGAUUCAAAAAUCAGUUCAAGAAAUGAAAGCAAUCUUACAAUAA